CGCACCGGAAGCAGUCGCUGUCUGUUUGCUGCAGGCGAGGGCAGAAAGAGACGCUGCUGGGCGCCUCCCCUUCCCCAAACCAGCACAAAAAAGCUGCCGAGACCAGCGGUACGCGGCGCACGACCCAUCGGACGGGGCUCCCGCGUCGCCUCACGCCUCUCCCCGGACAGAGCAGCUCCCCCGCGGCCCGCCGGAGCGCGUCGCGCCGCACUUCGAGCUCCGCUUCACAGCUCUAACUCCUCCUUUUCUUUAUCUCCACCCUCGAUCGCUCCCCUCCACCCGCCCACUCCUCCGCUCUUUCUCUCUGUGCUCUCUCUCUGGACCAUGUGUGACAAUGGGGACGUGGAGGACAAGCCGCCCGCUCCGCCCGUCAGGAUGAGCAGCACCAUCUUCAGCGGCGGAGGCAAAGACGGCCUGGCGGCCAACCACAGCUCCAAGCCCCUGCCCUCGGUGCCCGAGGAGCGCAAGCGCAACAAGAUCUACUCCAUCUUCUCCGGCGCCGAGAAGGGCGGCCGAAGGAAAGACCGAGAUAAAGAGCGUCCCGAGAUCUCGCCGCCGUCGGACUUCGAGCACACUAUUCACGUGGGCUUCGACGCCGUUACCGGAGAGUUUACAGGGAUGCCCGAGCAGUGGGCGAGGUUACUGCAGACCUCGAACAUCACCAAAUCAGAGCAGAAGAAGAAUCCUCAGGCCGUCCUCGACGUGCUCAAGUUCUACGACUCGACAGGAAACGGCCGACAGAAGUACCUCAGCUUCUCCUCAGAGAAGGACGGCUUUCCCUCGGCUGAACAAUCACCUGUGAAGAAAUCCCCAGAGCCCUCGUCUCCAGUCAAAACGGUGGAUGAUGAAGAUGACGAUGACGACGAGGAGACGCCGCCACCUGUGGUCGCCCCACGACCAGAACACACCAAGAGCGUAUAUACGCGACCAUCGGUCAUCGACCCCCUUCCUCCUCCGGUGACGUCUCCGGACAGCGAUGUCGCGUUGAAGGCUGGCGACCGACAGAGACCCAAAAAGGGCAAGAUGACAGACGAAGAGAUAAUGGACAAGCUCCGAACUAUAGUCAGUAUUGGAGAUCCAAAAAAGAAAUAUACACGAUACGAGAAGAUCGGACAAGGGGCUUCGGGAACGGUGUUCACUGCCAUCGACGUUGCUACUGGACAGGAGGUGGCCAUCAAACAGAUUAACCUGCAAAAGCAGCCCAAGAAAGAGCUUAUCAUCAACGAAAUUCUCGUCAUGAAGGAACUGAAGAAUCCAAACAUUGUCAACUUCUUAGACAGUUUUCUGGUAGGUGAGGAGCUGUUUGUCGUGAUGGAGUACUUGGCUGGUGGCUCGCUCACAGAUGUCGUAACAGAGACCUGUAUGGACGAGGCUCAGAUCGCCGCUGUAUGCCGAGAGUGUUUGCAGGCUCUGGAGUUUCUUCAUUCUAAUCAAGUCAUUCAUCGAGACAUCAAGAGUGACAACGUGCUACUGGGAAUGGACGGUUCUGUCAAGCUCACGGACUUUGGAUUCUGUGCUCAGAUCACUCCCGAACAGAGUAAGAGGAGCACCAUGGUGGGAACGCCAUAUUGGAUGGCUCCGGAAGUCGUGACGCGCAAAGCCUAUGGACCCAAAGUCGACAUCUGGUCCUUGGGCAUCAUGGCUAUCGAGAUGGUGGAGGGAGAGCCGCCGUACCUCAACGAGAAUCCACUGAGGGCGCUCUACCUGAUUGCCACCAAUGGGACUCCAGAGUUGCAGAGUCCUGAAAAGUUGUCGCCAAUCUUCCGGGACUUCCUGAGUCGCUGUCUGGAGAUGGAUGUGGAGAAGAGGGGUGGUAGCAAAGAGCUUUUGCAGCAUCCCUUCCUGAAGUUGGCCAAGCCUCUCUCGAGUCUCACUCCUCUGAUUUUGGCGGCCAAGGACGCUAUGAAGAACAACCGCUAGCUGUGCCCAAGAGCGCAGCGGACUGCUGAACACUCUCGAAAUCUGUGCCAGGUGUUUUUGUUUUUUUCGUUAAUUUUUUUUUUUUUUUUUUUUUUUACAAGUGUGUCAACAACAUAUCAGUGUUGCCAAAACAAAAACUCUGAGCAUUUCAUUUGGGUCUUUGCCUGUUUUUAAACCUGUAUUGACCCCUGUGGUGUUGGGGGACAUUAGAUGUUCUCCUCGUCCUCCUGCUCUCGUUAGAUUCUUGUGGGACUUUGUCUGUGUUUUACGUAUGAACUCUUCUACUCUUUGGCUUCUCUAGACCUCGUGUGUUCCAUAAUUGGUCACCAGAAUCAAUUAUGGUGAUUUCAAAUCCAGCUGGAGAUCUUUUGUUAGUUUUUUUUUCUGUAGCCAGAAUCACGACUGAAAACUGUGUAGCCUACUCCUGUUCUUGACCCGAAGGGAAGAGCACCUUACCGAUACACGCCAACUGCGAGCAGUGAAUGAUUUUUGUAGUCACUUGUGCCUUUGUUGUUAUUCCAGCAAACACCUUUAUACUCUGUCUGAAGGGGCAGGUUCUUGCCAUUGAACUUCCUCUAACCUGAGACAAAACUUUCAUGUUAUGAAAUGUGUAUAUGACGUACUUCGAAGAAGAGUAGCAUUUCAGUUGAUGUAGUUAACCAAAAGCAGGAUGCGUAGAUUAGAUAGGUGUAUGUUUGUGUACAUGAACACUUUUCUUGUUGUUUUAGUAACUAACAGUUUAUUACGAAGUAAAUGCAGUUGUCAAGAAGUCACAAUGUAAGAAUUGAUAACUAUUUUUAUGCUUUUCAGCCACUUGUUUUGCAAGUAAAAGCCGGAUUCCUGCAAACUUCUGUGAACAAUACAGUCAUAUUGAAACAUUGUGUACAUCUCUUGUUCUUCAUUAAAAGAGGACUUGAAACUUGA